AUGACUACCAAACCUACUGUUCUUCACAUUGGUGACGACAUCAAAUACAAUCAUGAUUUCUUUAAAAACGAAUUUACGUCGCGCUUCAAUGUUAUUCAAGCCACAGAGACUGACCGUGAUUCUUUCAUUCAAUCACUGAAAUAUAAAAAAUACGGCGACUUCUCAGCCAUAUUCCGCCCUCACUUCCAAACGGGAGGUUUCAUGGGCCAAUGGGACGCCGAACUCAUCUCCUUGCUUCCACCUAGUGUACGCAUCUUCGCCUCCGCAGGGGCUGGUUUCAACUGGGCGGAUGUCGAUGUCCUGGGCCAACAAAAGAUCUGGUAUGCCAACGGCGCCGGUGCCUCAGACGAAGCUGUCUCCGAUACAGCGCUGUACAUGAUUUUGAGUGUAUUUCGCAAUUUCACUCGCUCCCAGCUGGCCGCGCGGACAGCCGACCCGGAUAAAUUCACCGAAACCCACAAGUUAAUUGCGACCAUCUCGCAUAACCCUCGUGGGCAUGUGCUCGGAGUGGUUGGGUUCGGGAACAUUAGUAAGAAACUUGCCUUUAAGGCACGUGUGGCUUUGGGGAUGAAAAUCCAUUAUUUCGACAUUGUGCGUGCUGAUCUCCAGGAAGAAGAAGAGCUGGAGGCGACGUAUCAUGAAUCUAUGGAUGAUCUUAUGAGGGUGGCAGAUUGUGUGACUUUACAUACGCCACUCAAUAAGCAUACACAAGACUUGAUUGAUGCAAAGGCCUUGGCUUUGAUGAAGCCCGGAAGUCGACUUGUCAAUACUGCAAGAGGGCAGAUUGUCAAUGAAGAUGCCUUGAUUCAGGCUCUGGAAAGGGGACAUCUUUCGGCUGCUGCAUUGGAUGUGCAUUAUCAUGAACCGCAGGUGUCCCCAAGACUAGCAAGUAUGCCCAAUGUCACAUUGACUACACAUAUUGGUGGUGGUGCAUUGGAUACCAGAAUAAACUUUGAGUUGAACGCUAUGAAAAAUAUUCUUGAAGUGGUUGGGCCGAAUGGAGAGUUUCUGGGGGAUCCCAUUACACCUGUGAAUCGGGCAGCUUUCGAAGCGGCGGCAUGA